AUGCCCCACAUCCAAGUAAAUAUAAAUAAGGUUGGAGAAAAAAUUCUUCUUCGCCAUCCGUUUUCAGUGACGAGGGUUCCUCUGAAACGUCAUGUUAUUCCAGGAAUAAUUUUGGGAUUUAAUAAGCUAAGAAGUAGAUACCGCGUGCUUUAUAAAGAUCUAAAGCAUCAGAAUGAUUUUGUAAGAAAUUGGAUCGGGGUAGAAUACAUCACCAGUACUACAGUAUCAAAAGAAAAAGUUAGAAGAAAGCGGGUUGCGAAACCAAAGUUACACACGAAGAAGACAAGUCAUCCUGAAAAACUAAAUAAAAUUGUUAUGACACAUGAAGAUUAUUUGAAUUUGCUUGAUAACGAUGAUUUCCCGAGUGGAAUUUCGGUGGUGUAUGACCCGUCUCCAGAUGGCAACUGCCAGUUUGAAGCGAUCGCGCACCAAAUGCAAUUUAAAGGAAUACAUAGAAGUGCUACAACACUGAGAAAAGAAGCUACAGAACAUCUUAAUCAGCAAGACGCGUUCUACCGACAGUUUGUUCAUAACAUGACGUAUGAAGAAUAUGUUUCUUCUAUGGCGCGUGAUUGCUAUUAUGGUAUUAAUCUUACGCUCGUGGCUCUCAUGAGGGAAUAUAACAUGCAAUGUAUAGUUAUAUCACCACAAGGUCGCACACAUACAAGGCUUAUAUCAAAUGAUGAAUUUUAUGAUAGAAUGUUGCCUGUGUUGAGCAUAGCUCAUUUUCCGGAAGACAAUGGUAUGCAUUAUGUUAGUGUAGAGCUACAGAGAAACAUUCUUAUCGAUUAUUUAUCAGACUUUGAACAGCCAGACAGCACUGACAAGAAAUCAGCAGACUCUGAUCUUGGAGAGGCAUCGGCUGAAAGAAAACAUGAAAAGGGGAAAAAGUCCGUUCAAACACAAAAAGCCAACGAGACCGAAACGGAUAAUGUGCGAAAAAAAAUGCUAAGUAGAUUACAUAAAGCUGUCUUGGAAAAGCGGAGUGGGGUGCAUAAAAAGACAAUAGCAUUUCAGCGGUUACCAUUACACAUACAAAUACAAAUUGUCAAAUAUUGCUUGAAUGAUCCUUCAUUUAGAUUUGUUUUAGAAAGGACACAUGGGUAUUUCCGGAGUUGUUAA